GGUCUGAAAUAGAAAGAAAAAAGUCACUCCAUUUUUUAUCAAUUACAAGUUAAUUAAAACCCUUUAUUUGAUGCAAGUAGUUUAAGUAUUAAAAGUGAAUGAAGUUCGUGUAAAAAAACAUCAUGGAUCGUUUUGUUACACGGGCACCAACAUGGAAAACCCUGGAAAUGUCUUCGUUUUCACGCAGCUUCGCCAAUGUAUCGCUCACUGGCAAGAAAUCCACACCCAAAGAAGACAAAUCCAAAGUUUCAAAACUGCAAUCGACAGCAAACAAAAGACUGAGCAUUCGAGAUGAACAUCUAUUGAAAAUCUUCACCGGCCAAGCCGAUGAGCCUCUGAUGGUCGUUCCAACUACGACCCAAACCCAACAAGCAUUAUCGCCAAUUACAACCCGUAUCAAUUGUAGCUUUGGUGUCGGUGCUUCUGCUGCUGCUGCUGCUGCUUUUCCUACUGUCAGCGACAAGAACACCGUCUGUCUCAUUCCCAUCAACGACGAGAACACCCCGCCUCCAAAUGCGCGUAUCACCUUUAAGGACCAGCCGGAGCUGGAUGUUCUGUACAGUAAUAGUGGCGGCGGGAAGAACGGUUCACGACCGUCAACUCCAAUCAGCAAUAUGAUACCAGCAAAUAUGGCUUCAGGCACACCAAAAAACAACCCGCUGAUGGCUCGAAUCCAGAGGGACUUGAACAGUCCGUCGGCUGCGACCAGGGUUCGUGCGAUUAAAGCUUUGAGGAGCCCAACUAAGUCAGCGUAUGGCAAUUUCGAUAUACCUCAUGAGGAACAGGACAUAAUCACCGACGAGGAACGCAAGUCUCCGGUGAAAGUGAGCAGCAUCCAAGAACUGAUGAAGGAUGUUGUUGUGUAUGUUGAAGUGCGAACUGGCGAAGAUAACCGAUCGUCGGGGGUGAAAAAAGUGAUCUCAGCUCUGGGAGCUAAAGUAAAUGAUAAACUGUUGAGAGACACAACUCAUGUGGUAUUCAAGGAUGGCCUUUUGUCGACAUAUAACAAGGCCAAGAAGUGGAAUAUUCCCAUAGUGUCGAUUCUUUGGAUUGAGGCGUGUAAAAAACAGAUGAGGCUUAUGUCUCCCAAGGAUUUCCCCAUUUCGAAUGCAGAUCGCUAUGAGAAUCCAGAACUCUAUGAUAAAAUGAAGCGUUACAAAUCUAUGCAACCUGAUGCUGAAGAAAAUCGAAGAGCAAAAACAAAGGCUCCUGCGAAAGAAAACGGAUUAAAAUCCAAGGCAAUCCCGGCGACUGCCCCUGCAAUCACACCCACAUUAAGUUCAGCAAAGAAAAAGACUGAUAUAACUCGCUUCUUUUCGCAAUUGGACUCAAAGAAAAUCACAACUCCAAAAAGUGCAAUGGAAUCACCCAUGUUUAAUAGCGACUCUCUAAAGAAAUUGGCAUACCUUGACACAGUAUCAAGUUUGUCUGAUACUAAGGAACAGUCAACGAAUAAUGUUGGUGCAAAAAAAGUGCUUGAUUUUGUUAACGAAGACAACAAAACUGCUACACCAUCUACAAAGAAAACUCCAGGUCGCCGCAAUUCAAUUUUAGCAACACCAACUCCCCAAAAAAAUAAUAAAGUUGUGGAGGUGGCAAACAAUAACGCGGAUAAUGUAAUUAUCCCAGAAACACCAGGCGUUCGAACUCGACGACGCAGUUCCCUUCACAUUCCAGCAAAUAUGAGCGUCGUCGCCUCCGAAAAGGACAAACAAACAUCUGCGAAAACCACUUUUGCCAGCAUCAGCGAAGAAAUAGCUGAUAAUACAAAUGUUGAAGUUGAAAAACGGCAAACAACAUUCACAGAAAAAUCUGUAGAAAUAUCCAAAACGAGUGAAGCUCCUCCGCCAUUAAGUACACAGAAAAAUCGCAGACGCACUUUAUACACCCCAAAGCCAAUGGAAGAAAGUAAACCAGAGUCAAUUAGACAUGAACCUUCGGCAAACAAGAGACGAACUGUUUUUGCCACUUCAACUUAUAAAGCGUCAGACGACAGCAGCCUAUCAGGAUUUGCUCCAAUUACUCCCAUUGGCAGUGGUGUACCGUGCUCAACAUUAAUAAGAGACGAUUUAGCCAAAACGCCGGUGCAAUAUCCGUCUUUGUUGGAGGAACACGCUAGUGCUACGAUUUUCAACUCUGCAAAAACCCCAGCUAACGCUCGUCGUCGCACACUGUUUGAUGUUUCAAUGGACAUUAUUAGUCAACGUUUACAGAACAUAAAUCAGUCUGCUAAGUCGGUGCGUGGUGGUCGAUUAGAUGAACUGCAGAACGUCGAUCGACGAAGUUCCCAAGACGAUCCUGAUACCAUUGCAGCACUCCUCACACCAACGGAGAACAAUAACAGAAUCAUACGGAAGGAGCUGUUCGCUGAAAAAGAAGCAUCUGUUCAAAAGCAAAUUCCCAAUGCUCCAACACCUUCUCAGGCAGCUGUCGAACCAUUUCCAACUACACCCAUCGAAGCAGUUGUAACGAAAAAGAAGAGAAAGCUCUUUGUACCCAACGAUAUUCUCCUCACACCAACCUCAUCCCAAGAAGACACCUCGGCUUUGACCAAGAGAAUACUUAGUCCAGCUGCAACGACAAUAUCUACACCAGCCACGCAGAAACGUCGCAAAACAAUCAUGCCAUCCUUGACGCAGCCACCAAAGACAGAACAAAAGAAAACUAGCCUGAAAGUAAACGGUGGCGGCAUCGGCGGCGCUCGCUCAAACCGACGAAGUACAAUGGACUUUGAGGCAAUCAAAAAAGCAAAGUCUGUGAUCAAUAAGUCUUCAGGUGCAACGAAUCAAUCAAAUACCGCAACAAGCACAACCACUGCUAGCAAACCUAAACCCUAUCCGUUUCUAGUCUACACGAACAUGCACACAGAGCAGAUUGAUUUUAUCAAAGAGGCAAUUUCAAAACUUCAAGGAUUUCAACUUGAAAGCAAUGUAAGCGAAAAUACGACACACGUAGUCAGUUAUGAGCCACGACGCACAUUCAAUCUACUUCGAGGCCUUGUUCGUGGCUUAUGGAUAUUAAAUUAUAAUUGGGUUAUUGAUUCUGUUAAAGCUGGCCAAUGGUUAAAUGAAGAAAAAUAUGAAAUGCAAGAUUUUUCCACAGCAGUUGAGAUUUGUCGUUCACAAAGACAAGCUUUUGGAAAUCACUAUAAAAUGGAUAUAUUCUCAGCUCUAGGUCCGAUUUUCAUUUCAUCGAAGAGUAAUAUUCCAAAGAACAAUCUAGCGGAAUUAGUAACACUGUGCGCAGGUCGUGUAGUAGAGACCCGUAAACGAGCUAAAUACAUUAUCGGAGAUUCUAGUCCCAAUCCCACAUUAACAGACAAAAUUUAUCUCCAACCACAAUGGAUAUUAGAUAGUAUAAGUAAUAAUUCAAUUCAAAGGAUAAAUAAAUAUAUUGUAAAUAUAUCGACUGAACAAGAGAAGAAAAGCGAAGAUAAUAAUUAGAUAUAAUAAGUAGUGCAAAAUUGCAAAAAGGCCUUUCUUAUAAAUUUUGUAAUAAAAUUUAAUUUCUUUAAUUGAA